ACAAUACUACUGGUAUGAUGAGCGGGGAAAGAAGAUAAAGUGCACCGCCCCUCAGUAUGUUGAUUUUGUCAUGAGUUCAGUACAGAAGCUAGUGACAGAUGAAGAUGUCUUUCCUACAAAAUAUGGUAAAGAAUUUCCCAACUCCUUUGAGUCCCUAGUGAAGAAGAUCUGCAAAUACCUGUUCCAUGUGCUGGCCCACAUCUAUUCCUCACACUUCAAGGAAACUUUGGUACUGGAGCUCCAUGGACACUUGAACACACUCUACACACACUUCAUCCUAUUCAUCAGGGAGUUCAACCUGGUGGACCCUAAAGAAACCACCAUCAUGGAUGACCUCACAGAGGUCCUCUGUACCAGCAGUGGAAGCAGCAGCAACGGGAGCGGCAACGGCAGUAGUGGCAACGGCAGUAGUGGCAGCAGCGCAGGAGCACAGAACCAUGUGAAGGAGAGAUGAGUCU